UGAAAAUAGGCUUAUACCUAACUGGCAGUAAGAGGGUAAAUUUCAAUCGAAAUAAAGGAAUUCCCGUGGCGUGUUAAACAAACAUAUUACUUUUGGUCAGCACAAAAAUGUCAAAAUAUAUUUAGCGGUAUUAUUCAAUUUCUGGAGAGUGGGUUGCUUCAGAUUCAAUUAGGGCGGGCACUAUGUUCAGGUUUUGUCAUAAAAAAAAAUAUAAAAAAAAUAAACACUUUAAAUGAAUGUUGGUUUUUAUGUAGCAAUAGUAAAAGGAACUUAAUUGUGACAAUGCGGCAAUAGUCAGUACUUACUGCAGUUAAGAGGUGGUCUUAUGGCGCAUUUAUUUAUAAUUACCAAGACAGUUUGUUGAGUCAAGUUUUAGUUCAUAUGCAAUAAAUCUCUAAAAGGUUUGUUAAUUAUUAUAGUGGGUUAGCUAUAAGCCCAAUAUGGCUUUUUUCGGUAUUUACUUAUUAUCUUUAUUGUUUAUUUUAUUGCACACAUGGAAACGCGAAACCGGAAAAGGCGCCGUCCGUCGGUCAAACUACACCAGCAUCCCAGCCAAAACCUACCUGGCACCAGCCAACAACCCCGUCAGCUGCCUUCCACCCAAAUGCCCGAUCAGCUGCCUCCCAACCAACAGCCUGUCCAGCUGCCUCCCAACCAACAGCCUGUCCAGCUACCUCCCACCCCCAGCCAUCGACUCGGCCAAUGGUCUUCAAACCAACAGUCCGGCCAUCAACCCGACCAGCUGCCUCUCAGUCAACAACUGGGCGACCAGAUGCAGCCUGCAGCAAGCCAGCCAGAUCCGGCUGUUCAAUCGGUUUGCCGUGUAGACGCAGAGUACCAAACGUCGGAUACAGGUCGGUCACGACUCCACUUCCGAUGGGGCAGUUUGUACACCUCGGGUUCGUCGACAGUCG